AUGCGGCUCACCAUGAGGAGGGUGCUGCUGGUGGUGGGCUCCGUGGUCGCCCUGACGGUGACCCUGCACCUCGGCCAGCAGGUCCUGCAGUGCCAGCAGGUGCUGAACGAGAGGAGGCACAGGCUGAUGAGACCUGAGAACGAGGAGCUGGUGAUGGUGGGCUCCGACCACGUGGAGUACCGCUACAGCAAGGAGAUGCCCCUGAUCUUCGUCGGCGGGGUCCCGCGCAGCGGCACCACGCUGAUGAGGGCCAUGCUGGACGCCCACCCCGAGGUGCGCUGCGGGGAGGAGACGCGGAUCAUCCCCCGCCUGCUGGCCAUGCGGCAGGCCUGGUCCAAGUCCGGGCGCGAGAAGAUGCGGCUGGACGAGGCAGGGGUGACCGACCAGGUGCUGGACGCCGCCAUGCAGGCUUUCAUCCUGGAGGUGAUCGCCAAGCACGGCGAGCCCGCCAGGUACCUGUGCAACAAGGACCCCUUCACGCUCAAGUCCUCCGUCUACCUGGCCAGGCUGUUCCCCAACUCCAAGUUCCUGCUGAUGGUGCGGGACGGCCGCGCCUCCGUCCACUCCAUGAUCACCCGCAAGGUGACCAUCGCCGGCUUCGACCUCAACAGCUACCGCGACUGCCUGACCAAGUGGAACAAAGCCAUCGAGGUGAUGUACUCCCAGUGCCUGGAGAUCGGCAGAGCCCGCUGCCUGCCCGUCUACUACGAGCAGCUGGUGCUGCACCCCGAGCAGUCCAUGCAGGCCAUCAUGAAGUUCUUGGGCAUCUCCUGGAGCGACACGGUGCUGCACCACGAGGAGCUGAUCGGGAAGCCCGGCGGGGUGUCGCUUUCCAAGAUAGAAAGGUCAACAGACCAGGUCAUCAAGCCAGUGAACAUGGAGGCAUUAUCCAAAUGGAUUGGGCACAUCCCAGGGGAUGUGCUGCAGGACAUGGCCCACAUCGCGCCGAUGCUUGCCAGGCUGGGCUACGACCCCUAUGCCAACCCCCCCAACUAUGGGCACCCCGACCCCUUGGUUGUCAACAACACGCACAGGGUUUUAAAGGGGGAUUAUAAAACUCCAGCCAACUUGAAAGGUCAUCUGCAGGUGACUCAGAACACAUCAUCUUCUCACUAAGAAAAUUAAUGAUUUCCAGAAUGCUGCAAAUGGCCUUUU